GUAGCUGGCGCCAUGUCUACUGACAAACUGACUCUUCAAUUGUUUUUGUCAAUCCUUUCCUUUCAAUCUCUCUCUCCAUGCCUUUUCACUUCCCAAUACCAGAAACCACACACACAAAAAUCCUGUCUUCUAGGAUUGAAAUCUUUCAAAACAUUCUCCUAUAUCCUCCUCCUAGUGCUACUACUCAGCUACCUGCUCUAAUAUCAAAUACCCUUUAACACCAAAUGGCUUCUCUUUCUCUACCACUGUCAACCGUUCUCAUUUUCAUCAUCUGCACACUCACUCUCACUGCUCACUCUGUUCCUUUCAUUGUCUUGCAUGGCAUUGGAGAUAAAUGCAGCAGUAAAGCAGUCGUAACAUUCACCGAGCGUUUAAGCAAUUGGUCUGGAUCUCAAGGAUAUUGCGUAGAAAUCGGAGAUGGAGGAUGGGAUUCCUGGACUAUGCCCCUGCUGGAACAGACUGCUAUUGCUUGUGAGAAGGUGAAGAACAUCAGUGAACUAAGUGAGGGUUACAACAUAGUUGGACUUUCUCAGGGUACUAUGAUUGGUCGAGGGGUAGUUGAAUGGUGUGAUGGGGCCCCUCCUGUUAAGAAUUUCAUAUCUUUAGCUGGUAUUCAUGCUGGAAUUGCUUCAAUUCCAUUUUGUGGAUCCGAGUGGUUUUGCGCUCUAGUGGACCUAUUAAUCGAGUUAGAAGUCUACAGUAACUAUGUCCAGGAACAUUUGGCUCCAAGUGGUUAUGUGAAAAUCCCAACUGACAUUAGCGCCUAUUUAAAAGGAUGCAAGUUUCUUCCAAAGCUUAACAAUGAAAUCAACGCUACAAGAAAUUCCACCUAUAAGGAAAGAUUUGCUAGCUUACAGAAUUUGGUUCUUAUUAUGUUUGAGCAGGAUACUGUUUUGGUUCCUAAGGAGACCUCCUGGUUCGGGUAUUACCCAGAUGGGGCCUUUGAUCCUAUUUUGCCUGCACAAGAGACUCUCCUCUAUACUGAAGACUGGAUUGGUUUGAAAAUCCUAGAUGAAGCUGGUAAAGUUAAAUUCAUAAACGUUUCCGGGGGCCAUUUGGAGAUUUCUACAAGUGAUAUGAAAACGUAUAUAGUGCCUUACUUGGAGGAUGAAACAUCAAGACAGGUGGUGAUAACAGAAACUUCACCAUUUAACUGGCUCUCAUCAAUUUGGCAUUUCUUUUUGGAACUGAUUGGGUUCUCUAAGGAUCAACCAUUGCUGCGCAUGGUGGAUUAAUUGAGUGCUGUCUUCACAUGCGUAUAUCUAUUAUGAGUAAAUUACACUUUUGACCAUUUAUGUUUGGGGGUUUUCAUUUAGUCCCUCAUGUUUGAACAUUUUCAUUUUGAUAACAUUUUUAAAGUAGUCCUUCGGUUUAUCUCCGUUAGGGAUGUGACUGUUAUGUGACAAGUAAGUUUAAGGUGAUGUAAUUUUUCUAUUUAAAACUAUGUUUUGGAUCUUGCUCAAUCUAUGUUAGCAAUUAAAAAAUAAAGAAAAAAUUCAAAUAUGAAA